AUGCUGGUGCAGGAAAUGAACUAUGGCUUGGGUCAAGAUGGAUCAAUUGGAUCAAUUGGUUUGGAUAAAAAGAACAAAGAAACUACGAAGAAUGAGAAAGUAGUCAAAUUUGACAAUCGUGGUAGAAGGUUUGAGGGGAGUAGGAUUGGGUUUGGAAAGAUCAAGUUUGACGCGGCAUCAUCUAAACGAUGA